GAAAGAGGCCUCCGGGGACACAGGAGGGGCCCUAGGGCCACUCCUCGCUCUGGGAAGGGUGUUAGCAGCCCUUCUGGCAUGAAACCCAUGGGGGAGAAGCCAGCAGAAGGAGGGAGAGAAGAUAGGGAAGGACAGAGAGAGACAAAGACAGAGAUACAGAGAGACGUAAAUAGGGAAACAGAGGCAGACAGACAGAUGCAAACAAGGCCGGAGACUCCUGCUCCUGAAGCCCCCAGGGGGGAAAGGCAGACUUAGAGAAACAGAGCACAGACCUAGAGAAAACAAGAGGGCGGUGGAGGCAAGGAGAGACAGUCAGAAGACCGAAGAGGAACCAAGGGGCAGAAGGACCGAAAGGGGCGGCACAGGCGCUGGAGCUGGUAGACCUGGUCCGAAUCCCCACACUGCCCUUGGCUGGCUGUGUGACCCAGGGCAGAGCACUUAACCUCUCUGGACUAUUUCUUCAUCUACAAAAUGAGAGGCGUGAUAGAACCUACUUUCUAGAAUUGCUGAGAGAAUGACAAGAAAGAUCGAGCCCCCGGUACACAUUUAACAAAAGGUGGUAGUUGGUAUUACAGCACCCACACCUGGUGAGAUGGGGGCUUAGAGAGCAACAGCAUGUGGGUGAGCCCUGGGGCCCUGGCGUUUCCUGGAGCCCCUCUCCUACCUCUGCCUCUUACCUCACCCCCACGUGGUGGCAUCUGGGGCCCAGUCCCUCCAUUUGAGAGGAGGUGUGUGGAUGGAAGGGGACAUUGUCGCUGGGCUGGAGGCACACCCCCUCCUCUGCAGGUGACUCAGUGCCUAGCAUGCCCUGCAUCAUCCCGGAGGAACUUGGAGGGCAGCCCUGAGGAAUUCCUCCCGGAGGUCAGGAGGGCACGUCUGGAGCCGCCUUUCACUGUGUAACACUGGAAGGUCUUCCUGAACUCCACCUUCCAUGUCUUGCCAAGGCUGUGUCUUGGGGGCCAAAGGAGGACCCCGUUCUGCUGUCUGGUGAGCCAGGGAGAAGCUACAACCUCCAAACAUCUCUCCCUCACCCCCAUUCCCCACAGGGUGAGGCCCAGGCUUCCUGGAGCAGGAAAGGAUUUCAGGACUGAUCAGUCCAUCCACUACACAUGACUGUUACUGCCCUCCGGGUGCCAGGCAUCCUGGGAGUGGGCACGUAGGUGGUGCCCGGGCCUGAGGACACAGGGUGAGGAAGGCAGAGAAGUGCUCUGACCUCGGGGAGCUCCAUUCCAGUGGGGAAGACAGACCUUAAUUAAACGUGAUGACCGUGGCUUGGGAGCUGUGACGGAGCGUCCGGGGGCCAGCUGGCCCACUACUGUCUCCUCAGAGAGAAGAGGAGGGAAUAAGCCUGGCCGGGAAACCAGAGUCACAAACCAGCAAUCACAAGAUGGGAUGCCCAUCAUCUGAGCAGACCCGCAGACAUGAGACACCCAGCCCUCCAGGCUUGUGGCCGCCCUGUCCCUGUGCUGCUCCCCGCCUGGCCCUGUUGCCAGCCUCUGCAAUGUCGCCACCUCUAUGCUCCCUUCUUCUCCUGGCCCUGAGCCUGAGGCUGGCUGGAACCCUCAACCCCAGUGACCCCAACACCUGCAGCUUCUGGGAAAGCUUCACCACCACCACCAAGGAGUCCCAUUCCCGCCCCUUCAGCCUGCUCCCCUCUGAGCCCUGUGACCGGCCCUGGGAGAGCCCCCACGCCUGCCCCCGGCCCACGGUUGUCUACAAGACCGUGUACCGCCAGGUGGUGAAGACGGCGCACCGCCGGCGCCUGCAGUGCUGCCGGGGUUUCUAUGAGAGCAGUGGGGCCUGUGUCCCGCUAUGUGCCCAGGAGUGUGUCCAUGGUCGCUGUGUGGCACCCAAUCAGUGCCAGUGUGUGCAAGACUGGCGAGGUGACGACUGUUCUAGUGCAUGUGCCCCCGGAGUGUGGGGACCACAGUGUGACAAGCCCUGCAGCUGUGGCAACAGCAGCUCCUGUGACCCCAAGAGUGGAGCAUGUUCCUGCCCCUCUGGCCUACAGCCCCCACACUGCCUUCAGCCCUGCUCCACCGGCCAUUACGGUCCCGCCUGCCAGUUCCGCUGCCAGUGCCAUGGAGCACCCUGUGACCCCCAGACUGGAGCCUGCUUCUGCACCCCAGAGAGAACUGGGCCCAGCUGUGAGGUGUCCUGUCUCCAGGGCAGUGUUGGCUUCUCCUGCCCCAGCACCUAUCCUUGCCACAAUGGAGGUGUCUUCCAGGCCCGCCAGGGCUCCUGCAGCUGCCCCCCUGGGUGGAUGGGCACCAUCUGCUCCCUGCCCUGCCGGGAGGGCUUCCAUGGACCCAACUGCUCCCAGGAAUGUCGCUGUCACAAUGGUGGCCUCUGCGACCGAUUCACCGGGCAGUGUCGCUGUGCUCCAGGCUACACUGGGGACCGGUGCCGUGAGGAGUGCCCCGUGGGCUACUUCGGGCAGGACUGUGCUGAGACGUGCGACUGUGUCCCCGGCGCCCGCUGCUUCUCGGCCAACGGCGCGUGUCUGUGCGAACAUGGCUUCACUGGGGACCGCUGUGCUGAGCGCCUCUGUCCCGACGGCCUCUACGGCCUCAGCUGCCAGGUGCCCUGCACCUGCGACCCGGAGCACAGCCUCAGCUGCCACCCGAUGAGCGGGGAGUGCUCGUGCCUACCGGGCUGGGCGGGCCUUCACUGCAACGAGAGCUGCCCGCAGGACACGCACGGGCCGGGCUGCCAGGAGCACUGCCUUUGCCUGCACGGCGGCGUCUGCCAGCCGGACAGCGGCCUCUGCCGGUGUGCGCCCGGCUAUACGGGCCCGCACUGCGCUAGCCUCUGCCCCCCUGACUCUUACGGAGUUAACUGCUCCGCACGCUGCUCCUGCGAAAAUGCCAUUGCCUGCUCGCCCAUCGACGGCACCUGCGUCUGCAAGGAAGGUUGGCAGCGUGGUAACUGCUCUGUGCCCUGCCUGCCUGGAACCUGGGGCUUUGGUUGCAAUGCCAGCUGCCAGUGUGCCCAUGAGGCAGCCUGCAGCCCACAAACGGGAGCCUGUUCCUGCACCCCUGGGUGGCAUGGGGCUCACUGCCAGCUCCCCUGCCCGAACGGGCAGUUUGGUGAAGGCUGUGCCAGUCGCUGUGACUGUGACCACUCUGAUGGCUGUGACCCUGUUCAUGGACACUGCCAGUGCCAGGCUGGCUGGACAGGCACCCGCUGCCACCUGCCCUGCCCUGAGGGUGUCUGGGGAGCCAACUGUAGCAACACCUGUACCUGCAAGAAUGGGGGCACCUGCAUCCCGGAGAAUGGCCACUGCGUGUGUGCACCUGGAUUCCGAGGCCCCUUCUGCCAGAGACCCUGUCAGCCCGGCCGCUAUGGCAAACGCUGUAUGCCCUGCAAGUGUGCUAACCACUCCUCCUGCCACCCCUCGGAUGGGACCUGCUACUGCCUCGCUGGCUGGACAGGCCCGGACUGCUCCCAGCCAUGCCCUCUAGGACACUGGGGAGCUAACUGCUCCCAGCCCUGCCAGUGUCGCCAUGGUGGGAUCUGCCACCCCCAGGAUGGGAGCUGCUUCUGCCCCCCAGGCUGGACUGGACACUUCUGCUUGGAAGGCUGCUCUCCAGGGAUGUUUGGUGCCAACUGUUCCCAGCCAUGCCAGUGUGGUCCUGGGGAGAAGUGCCACCCGGAGACCGGGGCCUGUGUGUGUCCCCCAGGGCAUAGUGGUGCCCCUUGCAGGAUUGGAAGCCAGGAGCCCUUCACCAUGAUGCCUACCUCUCCAGUGGCCUAUAGCUCGCUGGGGGCAGUGAUCGGCAUUGCAGUGCUGGGGGCCCUGGUGGUGGCGCUGGUGGCUAUGUUCAUUGGCUACCGCCAUUGGCAAAAAGGCAAGGAGCACCAACACCUGGCAGUGGCCUACAGCAGCGGGCGACUGGACGGCUCUGAGUAUGUCAUGCCAGAUGUCCCUCCGAGCUACAGUCACUACUACUCCAACCCCAGCUACCACACCCUGUCACAGUGCUCACCUAAGCCCCCGCCCCCUAGCAAGGUUCCAGGCAGUCAGCUGUUCGCCAGCCUCCAGGCUCCUGAGCGGCCAGGUGGAGCCCACGGGCAUGAUAACCAUGCAACGCUGCCUGCUGACUGGAAGCAUGGCCGGGAGCCUGCCCCGGGGCCUCUGGACAGGGGUAGCAGCCGCUUAGACCGAUGCUACAGCUGUAGCUGCGGCAACAGUACUGGCCUGGGCCCGUUCUAUAGUAAAGGGCCCAUCUCUGAGGAGGGGCUGGGGGCCAGCAUGGCUUCCCUGAGCAGUGAAAACCCCUAUGCCACCAUCCGUGACCUGCCCAGCCUCCUAGGGGACCCCCGGGAGAGUAGCUACGUGGAGAUGAAAGGCCCUCCUUCAGGAUCUCCCCCCAGGCAGCCUCUUCAGCUCCGGGACAGCCAGAGACAGCGACACCUCCAGCCACAGAGAGACAGUGGCACCUAUGAGCAGCCUAGCCCUCUGACACACGACCGAGACUCCGUGGGCUCCCAGCCCCCCUUGCCGCUGGGCCUGCCCCCUGGCCACUACGACUCACCCAAGAACAGCCACAUCCCUGGACACUAUGACUUGCCUCCAGUACGGCAUCCCCCAUCACCCCCACUUAGGCGCCAGGACCGUUGAGGGGUCAAGGUGGUGUGCAGAGGUCAGCAUGCCUGUUCUUGGCUGCCCAGGGCUGGGGAUGGAGCCUGUUUUACCCUGCCAGGAGCAGGGAGAGGACCGGCAGGCGGUGAACAUUGAACAGAGGAAGUGAAUGGAGAGGAGAUGGGAACCUGGCUCCCAAGUUCCAUCAUGGAAGACACUGGUCGGCACGCAGGCUGGGUUCCCCUUCCCUAGCCCACUGCUCCCAAGGCCCCCAGGGCCUGGUGUACAUAAACUGGUGGGGUGAAUGUUGCUGGAUAACUCUGUAAAUUUAUGUAAAAAUUGUAUAUUGGGUACCCUUUCUGUGCACGCCCAGGCCGAGCAGUGUGUGUGUGUGUGUGUGUGUGGUUUCAGAGGGGGUACCACCAGGCAUAGGUCCUGUCCUAGGGCACUCACUGUUUAUGUUUAGUCAAGAGGCAGCUCAAGCCCAGUUUACUCUAGCAAAAGCUUUACUUGUGUCCCUGGAUUCCCUCAGUUCCCCCUACAACUGACUGUUCAAAAUGCAAGCUGGUUACAUUACACCUGCCUGACAGUCCUCAUGCCCCAUGGGUCUUGGGCCAGAGUCAGAACUGUCAAAGGUUCUGCUGGUCUGGCCUAUCUCUUCAGCCUCACCUUGAAUUGUGUUCCUUGUCACUCUGCUCCCAUCACACUGGCCACUAGUCCUCCUAUCAACCACAUCUUCCUACCACAGGGACUUUGCACAUCUAGAAUGCUCUUCCUCCUCACCUCACCUGCUGACUCCUGCUUGUCCUUUGCAUCCCCUCCUCAGGAAAGCGCCUCUGUUCCAUAGCACUGAGCAUAGCUGCAUUAUUCAUCAGAUACCUGCAGAAGGCCUAUGGGGUGCCAGGCACCUCUGUAAUGUGUUUAUGUGUUAUUUGAUUAGUCUCUGCCUCCUCCACGGACUGUGAGAUCCCUGAAGGCAAUAAUCCUGUGUUAUGUUAAACAUUGGUUCCUUGGUACCUAGUAGGCACUCAAUAAAUGUUACCCUCAAA